ACAUUGCAAAAAUCCAUAGACUUUAACUAGGGUUCAUCUCGACAGCUAGCAUGGAUUUGCUCCAGUGGCCAUGGAUUCAAGCUCUCAUUGCUCUUUCAACCAUAAUAAUCUGUUAUUGUUUCCACUCUCUGAUCACCGGAAAACAUGCUCAACAAAAUUUGCUGCCGGAGGCCGGCGGCGGGUGGCCGUUAUUCGGGCACCUGUUUAUGCUGUCAGGUCCCGACCCACUGCACAUAAGCCUGUCAAACAUGGCAGACAAGCACGGCCCGCUCUUCACUAUCCGGGUCGGGCCCCGGCGAGGCCUGGUGGUGAACUCCUGGGAAGGGGCAAAAGAGUGCUACAAAACCAACGACGUAGCCUUCUCCACCAGGCCCAGAACGGCUGCCAUUGCUCACAUGGGGUAUAACUUCGCCAUGUUCGGAUUCAGCAAUUACGGGCCUUACUGGAGAGAGAUGCGCAAGAUUUCGACGCUGAGGCUUCUCUCCAACAGAAAGAUAACUGCACUUGGGCCGAUGAUCCAGGCCAGAAUCCAGGCCCUGAUGAGAUCCAUGAACGAGGAUUACUGGCGGCGUGUCGGAACGAGACAAGCGACUGUUGUGGACCUGAGCAAGAUUUUCGGGGAUCUGACGAUCGGCCUGAUGGUACGGACGGUGGCGGGGAACGUGGAGAAGGAGAUGGAUUUGGAGCAGGGCGAGAAGUGGCGGCAGGCCGUCAGGGAAUUCAUCAGGAUGAUGAAUGUUUUUACAGUAUCCGACGUUGUCCCGUCUCUGAAGUGGCUGGAUUCUUUAACAGGCGCCCACGAGGCCUUUCGGAGGACCGGCAAGAACCUCGACGCCAUGCUCCAAGCCUGGCUUGAUGAGCACAAGAAACUGAUGAAAGAAUCAGGAACGGAAAUGGAGGAGGAAGAAGAAGAAGACGAUUUCAUGUCUGAAAUGUUAAAUGUUGCAGACGGUGUUUCUCAGGAGUUCCCUGUCUUCGACGCCGAUACAAUAAACAAAGCAACUUGUCAGACAAUGAUGGUGGGAGGAGUGGACACGAUGACAGUAACUCUAACGUGGGCAAUUUCAUUACUACUCAACAACCGCGGCGCCAUGAUUAGGGUUCAGGAAGAGCUCGACAGGCAUGUCGGCAGGGAAAGGGUCGUGCAAGAAUCGGACAUGGAAAACCUAGUUUACACCCAAGCUGUAAUGAAGGAGACGCUGCGCCUGCAGCCGCCGCUGCCGGUGAACGUCCGGGAGGCCGGCGAGGAUUGCGUGGUGACCGGCCACCACAUCCCGGCAGGGACCCGCCUGUUUGUAAACGCCUGGAAGAUCCAACGGGAUCCUCGGGUUUGGGACAAUCCGUUGGAAUUCAGGCCGGAGAGGUUUCUGACAGGGCGGUGGCAGGAGGUGGAUGUUGCCGGACUCCACUAUGAAUUGCUUCCGUUCGGCGGCGGCAGAAGGGCUUGCCCUGGAAUUUACUUAGCCCUUCGAACCACACAGCUGGUUCUUGCCACCAUCCUCCAUGAAUUUGAGCUUGAGACCCCGUCAGGGGAAGCUGUCGACAUGACAGGGAGUUUUGGUACCACCAAUAUGAAGGCCACGCCUCUGGAAGUUUGUCUCAGGCCCAGACUUUCUCCUCAACUUUACCGGGAUGGUUCCAAUGCUGAUUAGAGCUAAUUCCUACGGUGCUAAUUAAUUGUAAUUAAUAAAUAAAAAAGACAGAGAGACCCUUUACAACUUAUAAUGUGUUGAAUGAAAUCAUAUAUUAUUAGUUCAACACUUUA